CUCACAUAUCCAAAGAUUGUAAAGAAGAGUCAAUAUGUUCAAGGUUAUCGCACUUGUGGCCUGCCUUUUGGUAGCAGUCAAUGCAUCAGAUUUGAUCCGCAUUAAGAUUCAAAAAUUCGAUUCAGCUCUGAAGCAGCUUACUGAAGCCGGAACUGAUGUAGAAUUCCGUCGUUCCAAGUACAUGCGCACUACUGACAACCUUAUGCGUGAGCCUUUGUCCAACUACAUGGAUGCCCAAUAUUUCGGUGACAUUACCAUCGGAACACCACCCCAGGUAUUCUCGGUUAUUUUUGAUACUGGAUCUUCCAACUUGUGGGUGCCAUCGAAAAAAUGCAAGCUUACCAACAUUGCCUGCAAGUUGCACAACAAAUACAACUCAAAGAAAUCAUCCACCUACGUCAAGAACGGUACUGAUUUCGCUAUUCAAUACGGAACUGGUUCCCUUACUGGAUUCUUGUCUACCGAUACCGUUACCAUUGGAGGUCUUGAAAUUAAGUCACAGACAUUCGCUGAAGCUGUUGGCCAACCUGGAAUAACUUUCGUUGCCGCUAAAUUCGAUGGUAUCCUUGGUUUGGGUUUUGAAAAUAUUGCCGUUAAUGGUGUUGUUCCUCCAUUCUAUAACCUCGUCAAUGAAGGUUUGGUCAAGAACCCUGUCUUCUCAUUCUUCAUUAACCGAAACGCCUCUUCGACUUAUGGUGGUGAAAUUACCUUCGGAGGAUCAGACCCCAAAUACUACAAGGGUGAUUUCACAUAUCUGCCCGUGACUCGUCAAGGCUACUGGCAAUUCGACAUGGAAUCUGGAUCAGUUGGAGAUGUUAAAUUCUGCGCUAAAGGUUGCCAAGCUAUUGCCGAUACUGGUACCAGUCUAAUUGCUGGCCCAGUCAAGGAGGUUACUGCUAUUAACAAGGCUAUCGGUGGAAAGAAAAUGAUCACUGGUCAAUACACUGUUGAUUGUGAUCGUAUUCCAUCUUUGCCAAUUAUUAACUUCAAAAUGGGUGGCAAGACUUUCUUCCUUGAAGGUAAGGACUACGUUCUCAAUCUUGGACAAGAUAUGUGCUUGUCUGGAUUCAUGGGAAUGGACAUGCCACCAACAACUGGACCAAUGUGGAUCCUUGGUGAUGUAUUCCUUGGCAAAUACUACACUGAAUUCGAUUUGGGCAAUAAUCGUGUUGGUUUUGCUGAAGCCGUACAAAAGAAGUAAGAUGUUAGUAGAGGAAUGUCAUAAGCUGGAAAGUACAGAAAGUGUUGUAUUUUAAUUAGCUAAAAGUGCAAUAUCCAAUAUGAUUUCGCUAAUUUUUCAAAAUA